AUGGCUGACCACCGCCGUGGCCGCUUGGUGCUGUGCGUGCUGGCCCUGGUUUGUGUGUGGCCACAAGCUUUCCUUCCGCCGGCAUCGUCCAACGAGGCAACUUUGCCGCGCCGUGGUGCGCUCUUGGCCACCUCAGCCCUCCUAGCCGCGCCGGCGGUGGAGCCUGCACGAGCUGAAGUUGGCUGGCAAAUCAAGCUGCCGAAGACAUGGCGGGCCUUCGAGCAGAACGAGAUGCCACCACCCGGAGUCAAGAAGUCGACAGCUCUGGUUGUGGCUGGAAACCCUGAACAAG